CUCGAAAGUUGGGUUUUUUAAUUGAUGAGGGUGAUCUCGGUGGUGUAAGCGGGCGCAAAAUCAGAAUUGUGAUUAAAGCUUAUCAAUGGCAUUACUGCAUAUCAAAUCGCUGAUAACAGGCUUCUAUAUUUGAAUGAGGCACUUCUAUUCUGUGCAUGUGGAAUUUUGGUCAUCUGGAGCUACAAAUUAGCGAGCAUGGAAUGUAAUAAGGAUGAUGCCCUUAGGGCUAAGGAGCUUGCAGAGAAGAAGUUUCUGGAGAUGGACCUUGCUGGGGCAAAAAGAUUUGCCUUGAAAGCUCAAGACUUGUAUCCAGGUCUUGGUGGUCUUUCUCAACUGUUGGCGACUCUUGAGGUGUAUGUCUCUGCUGAGAAAAGAAUAAAUGGAGAAAUUGAUUGGUACAAUGUCCUUGGAGUGGAUCCCUUGGCUGAUGAUGAAACAAUUCGAAGGCAUUAUAGGAAAAUGGCUCUUGCUCUGCACCCUGACAAAAACAAAUCAGUUGGUUCUGACGGGGCUUUUAAACUUAUCUCUCAGGCUUGGAGUUUGUUCUCUGAUAAAGGCAAGAGAAUGUUCUAUGACCAAAGGCGCAACUUAUGGGGUUCAUUUCAAGGAGUUCCAAAUGGGAAGCCUUCUGUACCAGAAAGUCAGAAUGGUUUCUUUAAUAUCUUCAAUACGGCUAACUGGAAGGCUAGGGACCAUGCAACUUCCGUUUAUCCAAAUCCUACUCCAGCACCCCCUGUGUCAUUGAAGCAAUCAUUCUGGACCACUUGUGGUGCUUGCAGAACACAGUUUGAGUACCCUACAGUUUAUCUCAACUGCAACCUUAUGUGCAACUGUUGUCAUAAGCCCUUUUUGGCCAGGGAGACACCACAACCACCUAUGUACCGCAAUGCCCUGCAUGCAGAGAGACAGAAGAAGAAAUUUAAAUCGGCAAGAAUGGAAGAGAAUGGUUAUGUUUCUGGAAGGACACCAACUUCUUCCAUUAACUCACUAGAAAAUUUAUAUGGGUCCCAGCCUUUCACUAUGCCUGGUGGUACUCACAAUAUUCCAAGAUCAGCUUUUUCUGCUGCCAAAGCUCCAAGUGAUUUUGGGGUCACAUCUGAGAAUUUGAAGAGAGGGCGUGAGGAUAGAUCACCUCCUACCAUGAUGGGAAAAGCCCAUUGUGGGAAAACUCAUGCUUCUGAGACAACUGCUUACAAUUCAGCUUCUCAACCGUCUUCUUUUGUUUCAAAUACAAUCCUGAAAGAAGAUAGGCCAUGGAAAAAAAGGAGCAUUGAUGAACAUAGAGAUGAUAGCGAUAAAAGAGAGGUGGAAACCAAAAUGGCAUCUCAAACCGAAGGAAUAAGAUUAGGUGGUGAAUGUGGAUUUUUGAAGGGUAAUACUGGGACAGGGAGGGUUAAUCCUGUGGGAAACUAUAGACGUAAUGGUAUGAGGGAUAUGUCCCAGCAGAAAUUAAAGAUGGUGUUGAUGGAAAAGGCUAGGAAUGAUAUUCGUAGCAAGCUUAAAGAAUUGAAUUUUGCUUAUGUGUCAAGGAAGAUAGACAAUUCAAGAAAACAUGAUCAGAAAGCCGAGGAGAAGGACAAUGAAAUGUCUAGGAAUGGUGUGCAAAAAAUUCAAGGAUUUGUUGAUUCUGAGACCACAGCCAAAAAGUCUUCCUCUGUUGGUCCUGAGGUGUCUACUUUCAAGGCGGUAGAUUCUCUGUCUAUGAGUGUUCCAGACCCUGACUUCCAUAAUUUUGAUCAUGACCGAACAGAGAAAUCAUUUGGGGAGAACCAGGUUUGGGCUGCUUAUGAUGAUGAUGAUGGCAUGCCUCGCUACUAUGCUAUGAUUCAUAGUGUGAUAUCCCGCAAACCUUUCAAAAUGAGGAUGAGUUGGCUUAACUCUAAAAGCAAUGAUGAAUUGGCCCCAAUCAAGUGGGUGAGUUAUGGCUUUCCAAAGACUUCUGGGGAUUUCUGGAUUGGUAAGCGUGAAUUGAAUGGCUCUCUUAAUUCCUUCUCUCACAGGGUUAAGUGGAACAAAGGCACUAGAGGGGUCAUACAAAUAUAUCCCAAGAAGGGUGAUGUUUGGGCUUUAUAUAGAAAUUGGUCCCUUGAUUGGAAUGAACUUACUCCUGAUGAAAUUGUACAAAAGUAUGACAUGGUGGAAGUGCUUGAAGACUACAAUGAGGAACAAGGUGUGAAUGUUGCUCCACUCGUUAAAGUUGCUGGUUUCAAGACAGUAUUUCACCGGCAUGAGGAUUCAAGGAAGAUCAAGAAUAUUCCAAGGGAGGAGAUGUUUCGUUUCUCACACCAGGUUCCUUGCUACUCACUUACUAGUCAAGAUGGUCAUAAUGCCCCUCCAGGUUGCUUGGAGCUCGAUCCGGCUGCUGUACCUAUGGAACUUCUUCAGGUAGUAACAGAAGAUCUGCAGACAGUAACGACAGCUGAAAAUUCUUCAGAAGAUAGAUUGGGGGAUAGAGAGAUUCCAAGAGAUGGUGGUUUGGUUGAGAGCUGCCAGCCGACAAAGGAAGAAGAUUUUCCCAAAAAGGUGAUGGCUGAACCAAUGAGAAAGGAGAAUAGGCUGGAGAACUUGAUUGUAUAUAGGCGGAAACGGGUAAGGGAAAUGAGAGCUAUUCAAGUGGCAAGUAAUUGCUAAUUACUGAACUGACUUGAGGAGAUUCACAGUUCCAUUGAUAGUCAGAAAGUCGCAAAGAUAGAAGUUUAUUCAACAAAUCAUUAGAUUACAAUAAUCAAUUCUAUGUAAAUCAAUGAUUUGAACUUCCUCUAUUCUUUAUUUGCUUUAUGUUUCUAGUGGGGAAAACAAAGGAGGUUUUAGAUACAGAUUUAGAGAUUGAUAAAGCAUCUUUUUGCCGUCUGCAUAUAAGCUGGGGAGGUGCCCUCGAGACUGAUUUGAGCUGAAUGUGUGGCUUGAAGGCAGUCUAGAAGGCUGAUGUAAAUGACUUACUCUUGCUUUUAUCAAUCAAGAUUCAGUUGUGGAACUU